AUGACCUCGACACUCCUCAACAACACCACUAAUUGGAUCUCCGGAAAUCCUCACUGCGAUUGUCGCUAUGAUGCAAUUGAUUCAAAUUUAGCAAACAGUACAAGACUAUGCUAUCAACAAAAGUAUCAUCUACAACAUAUUCCUGUGGACAAAGUCAAAACAUAUUCCUUUCAGCUUUUCAUUGAGUCAAGUUGUGACUGGGUCAAAUCUAUAUCACUAAGUGAUUAUUUGAUUUUAAAGGUGAUCAAGGUUCUUCCACAAGAGAUUGAGACACUAAGAAAACCAAAAUGGGAUGCUGUGUUGGUGAGCCAAUAUUUUUCUGAUCUAAAAGAAGUCAAAAAACAGGGGCGAAAAGAGAGAAGGAACAAGGAAGCUCAGGGUGUUCUUGCAGCUUCAACUGCUGUUGCUGCAGCUUCUUCCAGGAUUUCAUCUUUCUGGAAAGAUACACUUAAAGAAUCCGCUCACUAUGAGAAUAAGUUGAAGAUAAAAGCUCUUGGAGGGAGAUCUGCAGUUCAUUGA